ACGAAAGCCCCCUUGCUAGUAGCUAAGCCUUAUUCGAAACAAUCUUUCAAACCAUGGCGACCACAACACUCCUCCCCCAGGAAGCACGAAGACUGGAGGGAAAGGUGGCAGUGAUCACAGGUGGGGCGGGCGGCAUAGGAGAAUCGACCGCGAGGCUCUUCUCGAAGCAUGGGGCUAAAGUCAUUAUAGCCGACAUUCGCGACGACUUGGGCAAGUCUGUGUGUGUGGAUCUGGGGGCCGAGACUGCAUCCUUUGUGCAUUGCGAUGUAUCAAUCGAGUCCGAUGUUGAAAACGCUAUUGCCACUGCGGUCGACAAGUUUGGAAAGCUGGACAUAAUGGUGAACAAUGCUGCGAUCAGUGACCCGCUCAAGGCCAACAUAUUGGACAAUGACAAGGCCGACUUUGAGAGGGUGAUCAGCGUGAACUUGACGGGUGUCUUCUUAGGGACCAAGCACGCUGCUCGAGCCAUGAUCCCGUCGCGGAGCGGAAGCAUAAUCAAUGUCGGGAGCGUCAGCUCGAGCGUGGGCGGGGUGGCGUCCCACGCGUACACCAGCUCCAAGCACGCCGUCGUGGGCCUCACACGGAACGUGGCCUCGGAGCUCGGGCGAUACGGGAUUCGCGUUAACUGUCUCUCACCUUAUUUCAUUCUGACUCCAUUGACAAAGGAGUUCUUCAAAAUCGACGAGAAUGCAGGAGUCCGAGUGUAUUCUAACUUGGAUGGGGUGAGUCUACAGGAAGAAGAUGUGGCGAAGGCUGCUGUGUAUCUGGGGAGUGACGAGUCCAAAUACGUCAGUGGCCAGAAUCUGGCGGUGGAUGGAGGUUUCACCACCAUCAAUCCCGCCUUUGGAUUGUUUGCUCGUGCUUAAAUCAUCUCCUCUUCAUACCAGUAUUAUUGUACCCUCCACUUUGUACCUUGUAACGA